UCAGCUCAAGUUCCAGUGGUCAGUCUUGGUUGUCGUUACCAGUCUGGUUGAUUUCGCUCUCUUUCUUUCUUUACCUCAUCGCUCUCUUUUUGUUUGCUCUUUGGUUUCAACUAGCCAAGGUUUUUGAGGACCUGAAUUGACAUGGUCUAGCUCCUUGUUUCUGCUUUUUCCCCCGCCCAGCUGCAGUGAUUCGCGGGGUACAUAGCAUCGCAAACAAAGACCGCCAAAGUAAACAAUACCGACUCGACCUCAGGCACCAGGCCAUGAGACAGCCUGGCGCGCCAACACAGCGAAAAUGACGACCAAGCCAAAGCCCCACCCGCUCAAUGGGAUGCACACGGCCGGCAUCUUCUCAGAUAUGAGUGUUGACGGGCCUGACAUUGGCACCCUGGUCGUGGUGGUGGACAGAGCCAAAAACCUGCCCAACCGCAAAACAAUCGGCAAGCAGGAUCCCUACUGCGCGGCUCGCCUGGGGAAGGAAGCAAGAAAGACGACGACCGAUAUCCGGGGUGGCCAGACCCCGAAAUGGGACCAAGAGCUCAGGUUUACCGUCCAUGAUUCGCCCGACUACUACCAACUGAAGCUCUCGGUUUUUAACGACGACAAGAAGACAGAAUUGAUUGGCGAGGCAUGGAUCGAUCUGCGCGACAUUAUCGUCCCUGGCGGCGGCCAGAGCGACCAGUGGCACCAGCUCGGGUGUAAGGGCAAGUACGCCGGCGAGGUGCGAAUAGAGAUUACCUAUUACGACACUCGGCCCAAGCCCGAAAAGCCCGUGGUAAAGGCGAAGCCGACACCGGCCACUGCCGAGGCCGAGGCGAGCCCUUCAGCUACUGGCCCACGAGUCAUGCCUAAGCGUCGGCCGUUGCCCUCGGACCCGGUCACCGGCAAAGCUUCUACCACUCCGUCGCCAGGCCCGGAGAUAGUCGAUACGACCCCUCGACACUCGCCGAAUCCAGCAUCUCUUCAACAGCCCGAAUACAGCCCGAACCCGCCAACAGUUACCCAAGCGUACUAUCAACAACAGGCCGAUUACUAUCCGACGCGCCAACCGAGCGGUGACUUUGGGACACCAUCCCGUCGGGCGGAUGUGCCGCAGCAGUUCCGCACUCCAGAGCGGAUUGACAGCUACGGGGUGCAGCCCGACGAACAGAACUACAGCCCGCACUUUUCGCAGCCUGUUUACGGCAACGAUCACUAUGAAUUUGCACAUGCCGACAACUCAAGGGCCCCUGGGGAUGAUAGGCCCCCGCCACCACCUGCUCAUAGGAGUAGGACUGGCAGCAAUCCGCCGGCUAAUGCAACAUUCCACAAUGGUUUCGACAUCUCCGCUAAGGGAACACCCCUUACCAUGCGGCAGGACGUCUUGAGAAAUGAAGCUCAUCGGCACUCUGCUUCGGAAGGUUACCCUGGCCGGCCGACAUACAAAGCCUACGACUCUGCACCGCCAGCGCUCGUCGGAUAUGCUAAUACAGACCAGCCGUCACCCCCGAGGCAUUACUCGUACGAUUCGGGGUUUGAUAUACCUCAUCGGACCAGGCAGCCAACUGUUGAGGAUGUGCCCGAAUCGCCCGAGGCUCUGAACAAUCCGUUCCGGAGGAGUGUAGGCCGCUUACCCUCGUCCCAGUCUCAGGCGCAAUAUGACCAAAGCUACGACAUGACUGCCAGCCCCGCCCCGCUCAACCUUGGAGGGAGGGGUGGCUCUGCGCCUGCACAGUACGCUCCGAUCCCUCCUGACCAGCCCAGGCAUCAAGGGUCGAACGGGUACCAGGUGCCUUCUUUCGAAAGGGAUGUGCCGGGCUCUUCACAAGAAUUUGGCAGGCGUUCUGAGCCCGCGCUGUUAUCCCAGGGCACUCAUGCGGAUAGCGGAGACUUGACGUACCGGACCGAGCCCGAUAGCUCCCCGAAUGUCUACUCUGUCCCUCCGGUGCCCCCGUCACUGGUGCCUGGAAUCGAUCCAAAUCUCGCUCUCGAGAUUUCUAGCCGCAUUAACCAAGACAGACAGCAGAGCGUCAGCCAGACGCGGCGGUACACGCAGCAGGCCAUGGUUGAAACACCGCCCAGAGGCAGGACCAUGGACCAUCUGUACGAUCAGGCCUUGGUCGAAACGCCGUCCAGAGGCAGGGCCAUGGACCAUCGGUACGAUCAGGCCUUAGUAGAGGCGCAGCCCAGAGGCAGGAACAUGGAGCCUCAAUACAAUCAUGAUGUUUCCCCUGCAUCAUACAAUGUUGCUCCAGCUCAUAGCAAGAGCCUCGCCACGCGCGGCAGUGGCCCUUCAACCUCCAGCGUCAACGUUGUAAUUAGACAGCGGGCCUUCUCCCCUAACCCCCCAGUUCGCGACGCAAGCCCUGGGCCGAAUCAUCAGCACACAAUCCGGCGCAAAUCCGUCAGCCCAAGACCGCCGCCUUCCAAUGACCGCCGCUUAUCCGGGAUCCCGUUUGGUCCAGACUCGUACGACGCCUUGAAUCCUAGCGCAUCAUCCGCCGCCGUCAAGGACACAACAACCUCCCGGCCCGAUUAUGACGAAACAAGCGGCAAGAUUAUCACACAUGACGGGCGCCAUGUUGAUCCUUCGGACCACCUUCCCAUGGAAACCUGGGCGCCAGAACCUGAGCCCAAGCCAGGGUCAUCGGUAUCGUCCUCCUCCCGCCCUUCCCUCACGGGCCCUCAGCCGCCUCCAUCCUCCGGCCGCCGCCCUUUGCGCGUCGGGGGCCGCCCGCAGUCCAUGCUCCCCAGCAGCAGCGGCUAUGCCGCGACAGACCAUGUCGAGCAGGGCACUCCCUCCCCUUCGUCAACAGGCCGAAACCGCCUGCAAAAGAAGGCUGCCUACCGGCAAUCUACCUCGGCCGUUUCCGGUCCUAUGGCUCCUAUGAUGUCGGGGGCGAAUGGACCAGGUGUGGGACCGAGUGGCUUCCGCCGGUCUAGUGGUGCCGGUGGUGGCAGCGGCGUGGAGGUCACGCCUCUUGCGCCCAUCCCGCCUCAUCAAGAUAACUUCACCCCGCCAAGACACAUUCCCCGCGCAGCAACAUUUGACUCGUAUGGUGCCGUCGCCGGUAGCAGCGGCGGAAGCGAGAACUACGCCCCGAACAUGAAUAAGAACAUGAACAUAUAUGGCGGCAGUCCUGGCAGCAGCAGCAACAACCGUGGCGCCGCGCCCGCGCUCCCAGCCAAGGUUCCCCUUGCUCUGCCGCCGCCAUCAUCUGCUUCUUUUGGCGGCGGCGGCGGCGGCGGUGGGGGUGGAAAUAUGUCGGCUACGAGUGGCGCGCUGCAACUGCAUAGUAGCAGCCUGGCAAGGAGGGGCGAGACGGGGUUUGAUGACGGCUAUGAUGUGUAUGGUAACGGCGGCGGCCAGGGACUGUCGUCGUUGGAGGAGGAGUUGAGGCAGAUUGAUAUUGGCACGGGCAGGUCGUCCAGGAGACACCAUGCCGCUGCUGGUGCUCAUGCCGUUGUCGGUCCUGGCGGUGGUCAUGGUGGUGGCGGUGGUGGGGGAUAUGGCCAGCAGCAUAAUGGAUAUGGGUACGCCCAUGCUCAUGCUCAUGCUCAUGCGGGGAGUUAUUGAACGAAUGAUGGGUUUGGAAACGAUGCACGAAAAGGGUGGGUUAGAAUGACAUGACGAGGAGGCUUGGGGAGUUGAUAAGGUGGGGAUAUAUAGAGACGGGGUUCCGAGGUCAUGGGCUGUGUUUGUAUAAUAAUUGUUCGGAUUUGUUGCUUGUUUACUCGUGCGGUCGUAACGUGAUUUCUGGUAACUGGCAUGGCGGAAAGGGGCGCAUUCGAAUCUUUUGCUUCUGGUUUUCCCUUCUUUUCGCAGGUUGAUCCUGAGUGCGUGUGGAGGUCAUAGACAGAUGCAUCUAAUUGCUUCAUCAUGAGAUGAGGGAUAGAUACCUCGCCUAUGCAUUGAAAUGAUAACACUGAGACGCUGCGUCACGAGGAUAAAGGUGCCAGUACUUGGGCGAGUA